AUGGCGCACAGCUGUCGGUGGCGGUUCCCCGCUCGGCCCGGAGGGAGCUGCAACUCCGGUACCGGGAGGAGAGCGGGCCGAAUUAGGGUUACUGCCUCUCUGCGGAGUGUCUCUGGAGCCCACCCUAACGCAGCUGGGCUCGGACCCGGGUUUGAUGCUGCACUACAGGUCUCUUCGGUUAUCGGGAGCAACCUGCAGAAAUUUCGGGAUGUUUUGGGGGAAUCGAGUGACUCGAGCAGCGGGGAGGAAGAAGCAUUUGGAGGAUUUGGACUGGUGGCUGAGCAGAACAGAAUACAGAGCCCUUCAACAACCCCUUCAGCGGGCCCACCCAUACAGGAGAAGAAGCCUAGAGGCCGUCCCCCACGGGCCUUGACUGCCCAGAAAGCUGCUGCAAGUCUACCUUCCCCCUCCUCCCUUCCCUCCCCAACACAUGCGAAACCUGAGGGCCCUGAAAGGCCAGCUGAGAAGGUGAAAAGGCUGCCUGGGAGGCCACCUGGCACUGGGGAAAAGAGAAGAGGUCGACCCCCAUCUUCAAGUAGCAAGAAAGCUUGGAGUACAUGCAGCCAUGCAGCAGGGGAGGACAGUAGGCAGUCUGGGUCUGAGUUCGGCAUGGACACAGAGGAAGACAAGGACAGAAAGGGCGCCAAGACGCCACUGGGCUCUGCUCAGCCACAUGACACAGAGGCAAAGCUUCCCAAAGGUGGACGGGGUGAUUCCAAAGUUACCAACCUGAAGAGGCUAAGAGCAACUAAACUCGCCCCUCUCAAGUCACGGCUAAAGACUUUGCCUGGUGUACCCAGACGCAGACGUGGGCGACCGCCCUCAGCUGAGCGUCUCAAAGCUGAGGCGGCAGCUGCUGCUGCACAGCUGUCUACCUCCAUUGAAUGUGAGGAUGGGAAACAUAAGGCCUUUAGGGUUAGAGGGGGGGAUAGAGGCACAGAACCACACACACCUCAGGAGCCCAUGCUGAGGAAUGUGGAUGAUGCUGAGGACCAGGACUCUUCCAAUCCACCUGACUCCCCGUCUCCCUCCAAGCCAGGCAAGACAGUGGGCCUCAGAAAAAGCCCUCGCCAUAGAAAGCCUGUCAGGAUUGUCCCCUCUUCUAAACGCACUGAUGCAACCAUCGCUAAACAGCUACUGCAGCGCGCUAAGAAGGGAGCGCAGAAGCGUCUGGAGAAAGAAGCUGUAACCAUCGGGGGUAGUGGGGCAAGAGCCAUUGACACUGGCAUCAGAAAGACCCAACUGAAGAACAUCAGGCAGUUCAUUAUGCCUGUGGUCAGCACUGUCUCCCUUCGCAUCAUCAAAACCCCCAAGCGCUUCAUUGACGAUCAGGGCAGCUUUGGAACCCCGCCACCCCAAAUGAAGAUAGCCCGGAUAGAAACAACCGCCUCAUCUGUAUCCACAUCUGCCCAACCCACCUCCACCACCUCUUCUUCCCCGUCUCCUGCACUGGUCUCCUCUACAACUGCUGCUACUAGCACUGGCACCACUGCUCUGGUUGAUUCCCUCCCCCCUCCUCCACCUCCUGCCCCUAUCCCCACUGUUCCAUCAGCAGCUGCCAGUCUGCUCAACAGCAACACCAACAACGCCGCCAAUGGGCGAUUUAGCAGUAGUGCGGCGUCUUGCGGCUCAAGUGCUGUGUCGCAGCACUCCUCCCAGCUCUCCUCUGCAGAGUCUUCCAGGUCCAGCAGCCCCAGUCUGGAUGACUCAUCAUGCGACUCCCAGGCUUCUGAGGCCACACAGGCUUUGUCAGAGCCAGAGGAUCACUCUCCGUCCUCGCAGGGAGAGAGGGAAGCCAACCUGGUACACAGCUCACGGCCUCCCUCUCCUCCCUCCGAGCCAGAGCCAGAGCACGUGUUGGCAGAGAGAAGUCGGCAAGGCCGUAGAGGACAGUUGGUCGGUCGGGCAGGUCAGAGUCAGAGGGUGAGAGAGACUCUCACCACUGGGGCUAAAAAACCUAUCAUCAGCCCACCAACAGGAGUGCUGAUGUCCUCCUCUACACUUGUAAAUUCCCAGCAAGCUUCAUCCACAGCCUCCUCCUCUUCUUCGCCUCCCCCUCCCCCUCUCCUCACCCCUCCACAGCCUCCCCAGUCAGCUUCCUCCAAUACAGCUGCUAUCAGUGACCACCACUCGCAGUCCCCCUGGAUGACUCACCCCAUCCCUCCAUUCCUGUCUGGAUCGUCAGUGCUGUCCAGCUUGUCAGAUAAACGAAGCCGCUCAAUUCUGAGAGAACCCACCUUCCGCUGGACGUCCCUGUCCCACCCUGAACAGCAGUACUUUUCCUCAGCUAAAUAUGCCAAGGAGGGCCUCAUCCGCAAGCCCAUAUUUGACAAUUUCCGUCCUCCACCACUCACAGCCGAAGACGUGGGGCUCUUGCCCCAAAGUGUUAGUGGAGCAGGGGGAGCUGCUCCAGUGGUGUUCCCUGCACAAGGUAGCGGAGCAGGAACAGGGACUCGUUUAUUUGCACCUCAUCACCCACACACCCACCACCAACAUCCCUCGUCAUCCCGCUUUGAUGCACCACAGCAGAAGCGCAGCCCGCUGCUUCGUGCUCCACGGUUUACACCCAGCGAGGCCCACUCUCGGAUUUUUGAGUCUGUUACGUUGCAGUCAUCUUCUGGAAGCAGCCCUGGCUCUCUCUCCCCACACCAGACGUCCUCUAGCUCCAGCAGAACCUCGCGGCGCAGGAGACGAAUGGUAUCGGGAACACCACGUGGCCAGCCACGGUCUCCUUCCCACUCCAUGACCAGACGCAGCAGCCAAAUGGGAGGCCCGAUAUCUAUGGGGAAAGGCUCCUCUGAGAUGUCUGUGCUGACAGGCUCUGUCUCCUGUAGUAACCCCAGCUCUUUGCCAGCGGUUUCUGCAAGUCCACUAGCCACUAGUGCCUUAACUCCUCCUCCUUUCAGCACCUUCUCCACCAUAUCCAUGGGUCUGGCCCCACAAGGGACACCUGAUAGCAGGAGAGGGGCUGCUGGAAACCCACCUCCUUUGUCAACUACAUCAUCCACUUCUUCCCCACUUUUCCCUCUCUUUCCUUCCAGUGCCCAGGACACAGGCCGAGGAGCUGGGAAAGGAGGUAAAGAAAAAAGCUUGUCGGCUCCCCAGGAACCUGCUCCAAAGGAAAAAGAAAGGGAUUCUGAGAAAAACCGAGAGAAAGAAAAAGAAAAUAAGAGGGAAGGGAGGAAGGAUUUGGAGAAAAGAAGUAAGGUUUCUACACCAGAUGGCUCCCCCAAUGCACCUUCCAGCCUGUUUACUGUCGAUGGGAGGGACUCUGAAGAUGCUCUUUUAUAUAUUGCUCCAAAAAAGGCUCCAGGGAGAAAAAAAUCAACGUCAGUUGACAUGGUUUCUGACACUGCUUCCUCAGAGGUGCGUGUGCCCCAUUCCAUUGUUCCCAUGUCUAUUGCUAAAGGACGUCUAUCUAAGAAAGGCAGACCCUCUGAGAAAGGAGCAGAGAUGGAGGAUGUUGAAAAGGAGAAAGAGAAACAAAGUGCUCCUAGCCAGCAGACAGCUAGCCUUCCAGGGCAGCCAGGCAGACAGCAGCUCCCUGUCUCCUCUCUUGGAUCAAUGUUGGCACAAGCAGAGAAACAGCCUGUGACCGACAAGCGGGUAGUUGGACUACUGAAGAAGGCCAAAGCCCAGCUCUUCGAGAUAAAGAAGAGUAAGCUGAAGCCUGCUGAGCAGAUGAAGGGACAGGGUCAAGAGAGUGACUCGUCAGAGGCCUCAGUCCGAGGUCCACGCAUCAAGCAUGUAUGUCGUCGUGCAGCUGUGGCUCUUGGCCGUAAUCGGGCCGUGUUCCCUGACGACAUGCCCACACUUAGUGCCUUGCCCUGGGAGGAGAGAGAGAAGAUCCUAUCUUCCAUGGGGAAUGAUGACAAGUCAUCAGUAGCAGGCUCCGAGGAAGCAGAGCCUCAGUCCCCUCCUAUAAAGCCACGGGAGACACGACAGAAAGCCGUUCAAGAAGCUCCUCCCAAGAAGGGGCGUCGGUCGCGACGCUGUGGCCAAUGCUCAGGCUGCCAAGUUCCAGAAGAUUGCGGUGUCUGUACUAACUGUCUCGACAAGCCUAAAUUUGGAGGACGAAAUAUUAAAAAGCAAUGCUGCAAGAUGAGGAAAUGUCAGAACUUGCAGUGGAUGCCCUCAAAGAUGUUUCUUCAGAAGCAAGGGAAAGGCAAGAAAGACAAGAAAAAGAACAAGUUGUCUGAGAAGAAGGAGGUUCUCAAUCCGGUAAAAGGACCGAUCUCAGAGUCUGGCCAUAAACCCCCUCCUGCGCCACCAAAAGAGGAGCCUCUCCGCAAAAAGAGUGAAACUCCUCCACUCAAGUUGGGAGAGGAGAAGUCAAGACUGCAGCCGUCGUCAAAGCAAUCAUCUCCAGCUCUCGCUUCUUCCCCUGCCCCAGUCGACCCCCCUCAGGCGCCCACCACAGUCACAGCCCAGACUCAGUCUCCAGCCCCGACACCAGAUGCCAAACCACCCUCAGUCACGAGCAGCGUCAUCAGUAAGAAGGGACACAAACCACAGCAGUCAGUACCAACCUCUUCCUCCUCUUCCUCGUCAUCCUCCUCUUCCACUUCAUCAUCUUCUUCAUCCUCAUCAUCUUCCUCCCCGUCAUCGUCAGCCCAGAAUUCCCCCUCCCAGUCUACGCAAUCUCAUCAACCGUCACAACAGCAGCAACGGCCUCUCUCCAGUCAGGCACCUUCAAAAAAAGAAGCUCCACCCAAGAUUCCUCUGAGCGAGCCCAAGAAGAAACCCCAGCAGCACUCAUCACAACCGCAGAGCUCAACUACAACCAUUUCAGAUACAGUUGAAUCCAAACAGUUGAAGAAGCCAUCUUCUCGCUCUGUUCCUCCAUCUCCUAAACAGAGACCAAAAGACAAGCCGCUGACCAGUAAACCCCCCAGCAGCAGUACUUUAAACUGGCUAAGCACUCCCUCGACUAGGGGCCAGGCGAAGUCCAGAGCGCCCUGCGACGGAGUGCAUCGUAUCAGAGUGGAUUUCAAGAGGGACCAUGAUGUGGAGAAGGUGUGGGAGGCUGGCGGUCUCAGCCUGCUCACCUCUGUGCCUGUCACGCCCCGGGUGCUCUGCUUCUUAUGUGCAAGCAGUGGAAAUGUUGAGUUUGUCUUCUGCCAGGUAUGCUGUGAACCGUUCCAUCUCUUUUGCCUGGGGGAGUCAGAGCGCCCUCUCCAGGAGCAGUUUGAGAACUGGUGUUGUCGACGAUGCAGGUUCUGCCAGGCCUGUGGACGCCAGCACCAGAAAACUAAACAGCAGCUGCUAGAGUGUGAUAAGUGCCGUAACAGCUAUCACCCGGAGUGCCUCGGUCCCAACCACCCUACCAGACCCACCAAGAAGAAAAGAGUCUGGGUGUGCACCAAGUGUGUGCGUUGUAAGAGUUGUGGAGCCACUAAACCCGGGAAGUCGUGGGAUGCCCAGUGGUCACAUGACUUCUCCAUGUGUCAUGACUGUGCCAAACUCUUUGCUAAAGGAAACUUCUGCCCCCUGUGUGAUAAGUGCUAUGAUGAUGAUGACUACGACAGCAAGAUGAUGGAGUGUGGCCGUUGCAACCAUUGGGUCCAUGCCAAGUGUGAGAAUCUGACAGAUGAAAUGUACGAGCUGCUAUCAAAGCUGCCAGAGAGUGUUGUCUACACGUGUACCAAAUGUACUGAACGCCAUCCGGCCGAGUGGAGGACGGCGUUGGAGAGGGAGCUUCAGGGAUGCGUUCGCCAUGUCCUCACUGCACUGCUCAACUCACGCACAUCCUCACACCUGUUACGCUACAGACAGGCGGUGAAGCCUCCAGAGCUGAACCCAGAGACAGAGGAGAGUCUUCCAUCCCGUCGUUCCCCGGAGGGCCCCGAUCCUCCAGUCCUGACGGAAGUCACCUCCACACUGCCCAGUGACUCCCCUCCAGACCUGGACUCAGUUGAGAAAAAGAUGGAUCAAGGUCGCUACAAUUCAGUGCUGGAGUUCAGUGAUGAUAUUGCACGAAUCAUUCAGACAGCCAUCAACAGUGACGGUGGCCAGCCUGAGAGCAGGAAAGCAAACAGCAUGGUCAAAUCUUUCUUCAUUCGGCAAAUGGACCGAAUCUUCCCGUGGUUCAAAGUGAAAGAGUCCAGGCUCUGGGAAAGGCAAAAAGUCUCUGCCAACAGUGGGCUUCUCCCGAAUGCUGUGCUGCCUCCGUCGCUGGACCACAACUACGCCCAGUGGCAAGAGAGACAGGAGCUUUCCCGCGCUGAACUCCCCCACCUCAUGAAAAAGAUCAUCCCAGCUCCUCGUCCCAAGACCCCCGGUGAACCAGAUUCCCCAGCCUCCCAUCCUCCUCUCCCUCUAUCUCUACCCCCACCACCCCCGCUCCUACCUGAUCGUGACGACAGCCCAGAGCUCCCUCCUCCGCCAGGCGUUAGUGAUAACAGGAAAUGUGUUCUGUGUCUAAAGUAUGGGGACGAAAAUACUAAUGAGGGUGGCAGGCUGUUGUACAUCGGUCAGAAUGAAUGGACCCAUGUGAACUGCGCCCUGUGGUCUGCCGAGGUUUUUGAAGAUGACGACGGAUCUUUGAAGAAUGUUCACAUGGCUGUACUCAGGGGAAAACAGCUGCGCUGUGAGAAGUGUCAAAAGCCAGGGGCCACAGUUGGCUGCUGUCUCACCUCUUGCACCAGCAACUACCACUUCAUGUGCGCCCGCCAGUGCCACUGUGUCUUCCUGGAAGACAAGAAAGUCUAUUGUCCCAAGCACAGGGACCUCAUCAAGGGAGAAGUGGUGUCUGGGUUUGAGGUGACCCGCAGGAUCCUGGUGGACCUGGAGGGCAUUAGUCUCAGGAGGAAGUGGCUUGCAGGACUGGAGCCUGAAAAUGUCCACAUGAUGAUAGGCUCCAUGACCAUUGAUUGUUUGGGGAUACUGACUGAACUCUCAGACUGCAAACGCAAACUCUUCCCUGUAGGAUACCAGUGUUCACGGGUGUACUGGAGUACUUUGGAUGCCCGAAAGCGCUGUGUGUAUACCUGUAGGAUCCUAGUUUGUCACCCUGCAGUGCUAGAGUCUGACCUGAAAAACAUGAUGGCUCCUGAGGAGAAUCUCACGAUAGCACACAGCCCACUUUCCAUAGCAGACUUUCCAGAUCCAUUUGAAUCCCCAAGGCGCUCUGACACCCUUUCUCCCGCCAACACACCCAAGCUCAGGGUUUACACCAGGAACCGACACCCCAGCUACCCCCCUUGUCAGCGCUCAAUAGGCCCCAGGCCCAUGCCCUCCCCAGGAGGUACCUCUCAUCCCCAAAGCCAUGAGAUUGUAACAGUAGGAGACUCCCUGGUGAACCCCGGCAUGCGGAAUAUUGACUCACGUCGCCACAGCUCCCCUUCUCUCUCUCCUCCUCCCCACCAGCUGAACAGGCAGAGAGGGAUGACCUCCCCACCUCAGAUUGUGUCACGACCCCUUACCUCACCCCCUCCCCUCAUCCCCUCCCCUGCCAGAGACCCUGAAAAGUCCAAACACCUAAGCAAAGACUCUGCAAAGAGUCCAGUCCAGAGAGAUGAUGAUAGGGGUAGACCGUUCUCCACAGACAGAAACAGACAACAACCAUCCAGAGACGCAGACAAGGGGAGGGCGUCAAGUCGAGACCAAGCUUCUAAGGAUUCUGACAAGAAUAGAUCAUCCAGAGAACUUGGGCAAAAAGAAUCUGACAAGAGUGAAAUAUCAGCCAAAGAGCCAGAAAAGAGGAGACCGUUUAGUAAAGACUCGGGUCUGAAAGAAUCUGAGAGGGGACGACCUCCCAGUAGAGAUCCCGUAAGAGAUUCAGAAAAGGGGAGACAAGCAAACAGAGACUCUGAGAAGGGGAGACAGGCAAGCAGAGAUUCAGGCAAUAGAGAAACAGAUAAAAGCAAAUCAUCCUCUAGAGAUCCCAGCUAUAAGGAUAUGGAAAAUGCUAGGUCUCUCAGUAGAGAUGCAGGGCUAAAGGACUCUGAGAAGUAUAGACAAUAUAGCAGGGAAACCGGAAAAGACUCAGGACAAGGUAAAGACAGACCAUCUAGCAGAGACUCUGACAAGGGUAGACCACCCUCUAGAGAUUCCAGUUAUAGAAGCACAGAGAAAAACAAAGACUCUGGCUCAGGGAAAGAUAGUAACCCCGGCAGUCAAUUCAAACAUGCUGGAGGUGAAAGUAAGAGCCCCAGACUGGCCCCUGCAGGCUCAGGCCAGUCCUCCCCUCCUGUGGGCACUGCUGUUCUCACCGGUCAGCAGAGAGGUGGCAACACCAAGCAGACAGACAAGCAAGGGAAACACGGAGGCAAGGACCAGGAUGUGUCUGCAAGUUUGUUGCCUCGUCACAGGGCCACCCCCACUUCUAGCAUCACCCAGUCUAAGGACAAGCCCAGCUCAGGAAAGGAGAGUAGUAGUGGCACUGGAAAUGUAAUGCCAGCUUCACUCCUUAAGGACUCUGUUGUUGGGAAAUCUGGCGCCCCACAGUCCUCAUUUCAGAAAUCCAUUUCACGGAAAUCAAACGAUUACCAAUCAGGUCCAGCCACAGCAGCAGCUAUGAAGCCUGUGUGGCAGUCAAGGACACCAGCAGAAGAUGACGUUGUCAAGCGAGGAUCCAUGCACCUAGCCUCCCCAGUUGCAGCACCAGCUGCCAAAGACAAACACCCCAAAGUUAAGACAGGCAGCAGAGAGGUGUCCAAAGACCGGGAAAGAGAAAAGACUCCUCAAAACAGCAACAGCAGCAACAAAAUUCCCCUUCUCAACAAUAAUACUAAAGCGACUGGCAGCACCAAUGCACAUGCUACAAACCCCAGCUCUCACAACAGCAGCAAUAGCAAAGCUCCAGUGCUUGGAAACAGCACCAAAGCUCAUGGGAAGGCUCAGGGGGAGAAGCUUGAGAACCCUGGAGGGGACCGAUCGUCCUCAAAGAGCAGAGAAAAUUACUCCUGUCCUGAGAGGAAGAACAGCUCCAGUCUGGACAACUUGCAGCAGCUGCAGCAGGGUGGUUUAGCACAAGAGAAAGGAGUGAAGACCUCGUCUCAGUCUAACACCAAACCAACAACUAACCAGCUUCCGUUGUCCUCUAGAGAGAAAAAGAGAUCCGUUAAACUCUCUACUGUAACUCCACUAAAGACUGAUAUCAAGGCUGACCCUAAUGGGACCAGCACUGUGGGUAGUAUUUCUUCCUCCUGUCUGACGACCACUACCUCCACCGUCUCUCCUGCUGGCCACGGGACUCGUCGCUCUGCCCGCUCCGCUCUUUUCUCCUCCCCCUCUGCCAGCAGCAGCGACAGUUCUGAAUCUGACACCCAAACUCAAACAGAGGAAGAGGAUAUGCGCAAGGAGCACUCGCACAGCGAACUUCGAGAUCACCACAGCCUCCUCACUCAAGGCACAGAGGAUGAGGGUGAUGGCCCAGAAGAUGACCACGACAGAGGCAUGGAUGACAAACAUCACGAGGAUGACAGUGACGGGUCAGGGUCAGCCAAGCGGCGCUACCCUCGACGCAGUGCCCGCGCACGCUCCAACAUGUUUUUCGGCCUCACACCUUUCUAUGGGGUUCGCUCGUAUGGGGAAGAGGACCUUCCUUUCUACGGCAGUGGGGAUGGAACCGGGCCUGUGGUUAAGAGAAGGAGCGGUGGCCGCAAGAAGUCAGCUGAGGGCCAGGUGGAUGGAGCAGAUGAUAUGAGCACCUCCACUUCGUCAGGGGACAGUGGCGAGGAUGAAGACAAUGUAAUGAAACAGAGGGGUAAAGACCCUUACUAUUACAACUUCACCCGAACAAUAAUUAACCCUGGUGAGGGCCUACCAUCUAUAGAAGGGAUAGACCAGUGUCUGGGAAGGGGAUCCCAGCUUCAGCGCUUCCUAAAAGACGAGGAGCAGCAACAACAGAGGGCACAAGGAAAAGCUGAAGAGGACAUGCUGAGUGCUCUGACCUUAGGCAAGCAGCAUAUUGGCCAGCUUGAUGGCGUUGAUGAUGGCUCAGAGAGCGAUACCAGCAUCUGUACCACCAGCACCACCACCACCAAAGCCACCUCCUCUUCCACGCCACAUAAGAGCACACCUAAGAGAAAGGGCAGAGAAAGGCACACUGAGAAAGCUGACUCCCAUGACUCGAGCAAGGAGGCUGACAACAGCGGUGGAGCUGCAAGCGGCAACACGCGAGAAGGCAGAAAGAACCAGAAAGAAAACUGUCUUCCUCUCGGAGGCGGGGUCAAGUCCCAGCUGCAGAGUCAGGGUCAGGAUCCUCUUGAGGCCCAACUGUCCCUCAGCACAGACCUGCUUAAAUCAGACUCUGACAACAACAACAGUGAUGACUGUGGUAACAUUUUGCCAUCUGACAUCAUGGAGUUUGUCCUCAACACACCUUCCAUGUCAAUGCAGGCUCUGGGUCAGCAGGCUGAGCCGUCCUCCUCAGAGCUGCUCCUGGAUGAGGGCUAUGCUGGAGUGGAUGUCAACCGGCCCAAAGACAUUCUGUUUGAUGACUUUUCCCAGCAGUUGCCCAGUGCUGAGGAUGGAGGUGUAGUGGAGAGUAGUGUGAAUAGCCACACUGUAGAGGAGCCAUAUCUUCCUUUGGAGCUGCCUUCUGACCUCUCUGUCCUGACCACACGCAGCCCUUCCGUCAACACCAGUCAGAACCACACUGCUGGGAGUCUCAUCUCCGAUACCUCAGACCGCACCAUGCUGGGCUUGACCGCUGAUCCAGAGAUAAUCCGUGGAGAAAAGAGCGGGGAAAAGAAAAGAGCAGGGCCUGGUGUGUCACCGUCGGAGAAUCAGCACGACGCUGCAACUUUGGGAAACAGGGUCACACUAGUCACAGAGGGUCACAUGACUCCUGAGCAGUUCAUUCCGAGCCCUGCCAUUGGCCAGGUGGUUGAACCUCCAGGUAACCAGGAUGUCCCCAGGAGCUCUGGUACCCCUGGUUUGCCAAGUUCACCCUCCCUCCCUCUUCAGGGUCAGAAGUAUCUCCCGGCUUCCGCUGCUGCUGCAGGCAGCCCCAGUCCAGUUCCUGGCCCAGGACCAUCCCAGGCUCAGGUUUCCAGCCCAGCAGUUAUCAAACCGGGCCCUGACAAGCUCAUUGUGGUCAAUCAGCAGUUCCAGCCUCUCUACGUUCUUCAGACCGUCCCUAAUGGUGUCGCCCAAAAAAUUAGUGCUACAGGAGUGAUGGACACUAUGACACUUACCACUGGGUUGAAUACUGCGUUAUCUACAGCCCAGCCAAUGUUUCCUGCUGGUGGCAAAGUCCUGGGCACCAUGACUCACUCUUCCCAGAUUCAUACCUUUACAGGAGCCACACAGACAGGCUUCCAGACGGGAAUCCCCAGCACCACCUCAGGGCUUCUCAUUGGGUUGCCCCACGAGCCCCAGAUUCUGGUCUCAGAGGCUGGUCGUUGUCAUACCAGCGUUGCCAUAGUGUCCAGUCACUCCUCUCUCACUUCUUCCCCGACUGUACUCGCCUCUGCUCACGGCAAGAAAAGGCCCAUCUCUCGUCCUCAGCCAAGAAAAAGCAAAAAGCUGGCCCGUUCCCGUAGCCAGCCUACUCUGGCCCCAUCUGAAGUGGGCCCUCCCAGCAUGACCCUCAUCAACCUGUCUUCCCCUCAGAUUACUGCUAGCAUUUCUGGCACCCUUUCUACUCAGCGCAAGGUCCCAAAUAUUAUCAAGAGACCAAAAUCGGGUGGGGUUAUGUACUUGGAUCCCACUACCCUCCUUCAGCAGAGGAUUUCCGGUACUGCCCAGCCUGGUAUCCUGGGCCACGAUUCCUCCACUCACCUUAUACCUUGCACAGUCUCUGGUCUCAACCCCAGUCAGUCAGUGUUGAAUGUUGUGUCUGUGCCCUCUAGUGGUGCAGCUGGCCUUCUUGCACCAGGAACGGUCUCCCUCUCCACCCCGGUGCUGAGCUCUACUGAGAUCACAGGGCCAAUUAGCAACCUCCUGUUCAAUGCAAGCACACGCGGCUUGGGCCUGUCGGAACAGCCAAUGGUCCUUCAAUCAGCAGGAGCUCCUCUGCUGUCACAGCUCAGCGCUGUGCAGACAUCUAUAGCCAGCGGCAUCUGCGUCCUGCCCACCCAACAGACUAUCAGCAUGGCUGUCAAACAGCAAGGAGAGACAAAUGUUAGUAAUGUCCACUUACAGCACCAGCCUAUCCUAAGAGCCCAUACUGUGGACUCCAGUCAUAACACCACUGUUACUCUAGCCACCUCUCUAAGCCCUGCCAAAGGUCGUGUUGUUGGAGUGUUCACCCAAACACAAACCUCCGCACACUCCCAGAGCAGUAGAACAACUCCCAUCUCCAGAUCAUCAGAACAAAGGCUGCCUAACUCCACCACCUCAGGAGCAGAAAAAGGCAAACAGAAAACAAAGAGGAGCAGGCAGAGCUCAGACAUAACCGGCGUGAAGAAGCUCAAGGCCUCGCAGGCAGAGGAGCGACAUCACUCAAACCUAAGUUCCAAAGAGCUGAGCUCCCCUGAACCCAUGGACACGGGCAAGCCCGCAGACAAGGCAACCAGCAAGAGUGUGCUUUGUAAAAAGAAGACAUCUGAAGGUCCUGUGUUACCGGGGAAAGUAGUGGGGAAAGACAAACCAUCUGCAGCCGGGGGAGCAGCGUCUCUUCCUGUGGCUUCACCACCCGACCAAGACGGCAACAGCAGGGACACCGGCCUGGAUAGCAAACCCAAGAAGGGCAUCAUCUUUGAAAUCUGCAGUGAGGACGGCUUCCACAUCCGCUGCGAGAGUAUCGAAGAGGCCUGGAAGUCCCUGACUGAUAAGGUGCAGGAAGCUCGCUCCAAUGCACGACUCAAUGAGCUCUCUUUUGAAGGUGUGAAUGGAUUGAGGAUGUUGGGAGUCGUCCACGAGGCUGUGGUCUUCCUGCUCGAGCAACUUUACGGCUCCAGACACUGUCGGAGCUAUCGUUUCCGCUUCCAUAAACCAGAGGAAACCGAUAAACCUCCCAUCAACCCCCACGGGUCGGCUCGUGCAGAGAUCCACCACAGGAGGUCUGUAUUUGACAUGUUCAAUUUCUUGGCAUCAAAACAUCGGCAGCCUCCUGAGUACAGGCCGCAAGAAGACGAUGAGGACGAAGGGCAGCUCAGGACUGCCAGGCGUGCCGCCAUGGAGCUACCACUGGCUGUGAGAUUCAAACAGCUCAAGGCCACCUCAAAGGAAACUGUUGGAGUCUACAGGUCUCCCAUUCAUGGCCGAGGUCUGUUCUGCAAGAAAACCAUUGAUGCAGCGGAGAUGAUUAUUGAAUACUCUGGAAAUGUCAUCCGGUCUGUGCUCACUGACAAACGUGAGAAAUAUUACGAUGGAAAGGGGAUUGGCUGUUACAUGUUUCGCAUCGAUGACUACGAGGUAGUGGAUGCCACGGUGCACGGCAACGCCGCCCGCUUCAUCAACCACUCCUGUGAGCCCAACUGCUACUCUCGGGUCAUCACUGUGGACGGCCAGAAACACAUCGUCAUCUUUGCGUCUCGGCGCAUCUACUGUGGAGAGGAGCUCACUUACGACUAUAAGUUCCCUAUUGAGGAUGCCAGCAACAAGCUGCCCUGCAACUGUGGUGCAAAGAAGUGUCGCAAAUUCCUCAACUGAAGUCUAAACUACUUAAAAAGGACUGCAAAUCUGUUGAGCAGCAGGGUCCUGGGUCUGGCCCGCGUAGGAUCGCUGCCACCAGGGCACGAGCUCUGUCAGUGUUUCUGCUGCUGGUGUAGGCAGAACACAGCAGAGGCAGUGCCCGCGGGGCAAACCAUACAUACAGGAAGGGCCAUUUUGGAGGAGGGGCCACUCGUAGAGAUUCCAACAUAUUGUGCCUCCUUUUGUCUCAUUUACAUUUGGCAUGGGAAGUUUCACCUUCAGAGGUGAGCUAUGAAACGGUUGAGCCUUCACAACAUUGCAAUAUUAACUUUAAUUUACAUUUGGAUGAUAAAGUUACCCCUUCAUAAUUUUUUACAUUGGCCCAUCCUCCUUAAUUUUCUAGAAAUAUGUUACGGUCCAGUAUUGCUGAGAUGUGAACAUAGAAGAAACAUUUUUUUUCAAAGAACUUGGUUCCAUUUUACACCAAAGUGCAAUUUGUUGAAGGGACUUGAAGGGACUUGGAACAGUAAUUUUACUAGAAAGAAAAAUUAGACACUUAUUAGAAUUUCUUUCCUUUUUUUAUUUUAUAAGUCUCAGUGUCAGAUGUUAUUGAUGUACAUCUCCCUGUCUGAAUGUGCCCUGAUGCCUUCAGAGCCGUUGUGAUUUACUGGAACCUUCCCCUAGCUUUUUAAAAUAAAAAUAAAAAGGUUGUAGGUGUGUACAUUUAACACUGUAAAUAGAAGCUGCUUGAGAAUAAGCAGCCUGAUAAGAGCUGAACAGGUGGAAACACUAGGGGGAGCUCUGGCCACAGAAAGGAAGAGAGAAAAAAGAGACAAGGGGGGUAGAAAUGUAGAUUUGUUUAAAAAGAAAAAGGUUAUUUUUGUCCGUUCGUGUAAAGGGUGAUAUCUGAGGUCGAUACCAUCCGUUGUACUUAAAUUGACUUUUAGUCUGACAGCUUGGUAGCUAUGUAGACAUGUUAUUGAUGGGAUUAAGCCUCUGGCAUGACAGAGCGAGGCAGCUAGAGAUUCUGGUGGACUGACAGCCAAGGGACUGGAGAACCCUACUGAUGUGCUUUAGUAGACAUAUUUAUAAUUGAUUUUUGGAGCUGAAACAGCCGUGGAUCUUACAGAAACAUACAGACAUGUACAUGCUGUUUUUGGUAAUUAUAUAAGCUCGGACUUUUGAAUCACGUUCCAAAUUACAGCAGCAGAGAGAACCAAACAUCACGCCCUUGAAUUGAAUUUUCACACAGCUUGUUUUCUUCUUGGCCUGUUGUGAUAACCAUUAAUUACUAUGGAAAAUGUUUUUUUUUUUUUUUAUUACUUCUUUUAAACUCUUGUCUGUUAUCUUGUCUUUUUAUUAUGGACAUGGAAAUAUCAUGCUUGCUUUUAAAAAAACAAAUGUAAAUAAUGUAUAUUUUUCUACAAAAAAAAAGACUUAAAAAGCACUCACUAGUGAAUAGCACUUAAUGAUGGUAUUUAUAUUUUUAAAAAUCGUAUUUAUUUUAUUGCCAUUUUUGUAGGAAAUAGAGGUUUACAAACACUAAUGCUUGGUCUCUAUGUUUUGUAUUCCACUGCCUUUUCAAAGUUGUUUUUUGUUGUAAUUUAGUUUUUUUCUUCUUCUUUUUUAAUUUAAUUUGUAGCCUGAAUGUUUUAUUUGAUUCCAAAGACUGACACUGGUCUGUGGCUUGGUCCCGUUGAGUUCAGUCCACCAGUAGCUCUUUUAUCUAUCCCGGGCCGUUUGUUCAGAGCUGACGUUUUUUUUUCAUUGUUCCAGUUCUAGCUGGCAGUAUGGCAGUCGUGAACUAUUAUUAUGCACUUGAGAGAGUUAAGAUUGUUGAUCCAUACCAGAUAACUCCUCUCUCCAGCCUUAUUGUCUCCACACCACAUCGCUCCGAGAAUCAAGUCCACUUACAGGCUGCUACCAGGCGGUCUUAGCGAAAUGAGUAGUUUUUCCUUCUCUCUUAUCAACCUUUUGGACGACAGGCUUACAGCCAAUUGUAAAAUCCAACAAGAGUCCUAUCAAACUGUUUUGUCCCUCUGCAGAAAAUAAAGAGGUGCCUUUAUUUUAAUGCUACCAACAGCAUUCAUCAUACACCCGUUGAACCAAUCCGUGUAAUAAAGAAACCACUUCACUUUUUAUUCUCUCAUUCACUCUUUUCGUGGUUUGCCUUAGUUGAAAAUGAGCAUGCCUCUUCUCUCUUUCAAGCCUUCAUGUCCGGGAACGAACAUCAGACUGUUUAGACUGAGUGGUUUCACUAUGUGACAAAAGUCUUUGUUUUUGUCCCUUCUUGAUUCAUUUAUUGUUGUCCGCCGUUCAUGCUGACUUCGUUAUCACCUAAAGGCCGUUACUCCCACACUGCUCCUUGUUUUGUGAACUGAAACUAAAAUAUGAUCCACACACGGUUUGCACUUUAGCUGUGACACAGGCACUGAAUAGACAUGAAAACUUACUCUCCAGACAGACAAUGCAACUCCAAUGCUGAAACACACAAGCACAGAAGGUCACUGAGAAUACUUAGAGUUUGUGUAUCAGGCCUUGAUAUAAAAGCUAAGUUUGGUCAUCUUGACUCCUGAAAGUGCGUUUGAGGCUCUAGCAAAGUGCACUUGACUCUUUUUCUGCAACAAAGUAAAGGCAGGGACCACGCCAGCAGCCCUUUCCUUCCUGAAGGUGCAGUGUGUACAAACCUCGGCUGUGCUUUUCCAUUUAGGGACCCAAGAUCAGGUCCCCCCCCCCCCCCCUCCCUCCCCCAACCCUGACUGACGGGCCAGCUUUGUGGUUGUACAGCUGCACCUACACCGGGCUUGCUGGGAUCAGCUGCUAAGGUCAACAAUGAAUGUAUAUUCCUCCUCCAAGUCCCCAGACUUGUGAUACUUUGUCAGCUACAUUUUGUUUUUCAGUUCUUGCGUCAACAACCCUGGUAGAUACUGACGAUGUGUAGAGACGACCUCAAACUGGGCGGCAGUUUCAUUUCAGCGCUGGGAAAAAUACUGAAGUUUGUGGCAUUUCUGUCUGUUGGACAACAUGUUCUCACUGGGUUAGCUCAACACUUCACGCUAGCAUCGGUGAUAUAAACACGUUUACUGAUGCCAAGGGCUCUGUACGGCUCUCAAUUCUCGAGAUCCACUUCAGAAAAUUUCAGUGAACAAUAAGUCAUUUAUUCCACUGUUUAACAGCAUAUAUACAAUAAGGAAAAUGGUGUUUGUUGUUUCUUUGGACUUCAUUUUACCACGCCACACCAGUGGCCCUUCUCCGUCAUUAUCUGUAAUUAUAGUAUAAAUACAUAACAAUAUACGGAAACAUGCAUAGUAAUUUCUUGUACUUUAGUAUCUAUACAAUAUAUGGAAUGGACAGACAAACUUAGUUACAGUAGCAAAACAGCAGAUUUAUAAUGGUUAAUAGCAAUGUUUCAAUGUACUCUAUAAUGGUUUUGUGUUACAGUACUAUCAGUUGAAACUAACGUGCAUCAUUCUUCUGUAUCUUGAUAUCCAGUACCAAUUUUGCUGUGCCUGUGAGUGUUCCUCCGUCAGCGAGGAGCGCUGCAGUUUUUCUUUUCUUUCUUUGUUUUUCUUUCUGGAAAGGAACGGUUUUCAUGUGAUAAGAAAUGUAACUGUAUUAUUGUGGUUGUGAACUUCUUGAGGUCAACCAUUUUGUUUUUUCCCCCCUCUGGUUGUUGUAGUGAAUGUUUUUCUGUUAUUUUCUUUGUACGUUUUAACAGGGACUUUUUUAGACGGCUUACUUGAUGUGGUAUACAUUAAGAGUUUGGUUUGUGGAGAAUGAGUUUUAACGAUCCCACCAAAAUGGCGUUUUUUCCAUUUUUGGAAAACCUCUCAUAUCUCCAUCCCCACCUCUCUCUCCUCCGAAGCUUUGGUUGUACUUAUCACGUACUGUUUUUUUGUUUUUUUUUGAUAGAAAGUCAUAAUGCUGAUGUUGAGAACAUUUAAUUUAUUUAUUUUGUGCAACAUCCACCCUGAAUUGUUCUUUUACAAGUCUAGGUUUGGGAGAGGUCGGACGAGUACGUAACAUGUAUUUGUAAUUUUCUAAUUGUUUCUUGUGUAUAGAAGUUAUCAGCCUAGAAUGGGAUGUGGUGUCAGAGAGGGGAGCGGAGGGUAGGACGUGCAAAAAAAGACGAAUCAUGGAUCAUGAACAAGCUUGUUUCUUAUGCCUUGAAUAUACCUUUGUCUUAUCAAUAUUCCUCCUGCGCUCUGUAAUAACGGUAUUCAUAAGUUCAACAGUCAUAUUUUCUCCCGUUUUUGAAAGUGUUCUUUCAAUACACAUCAAGGAAAUGAAGGAAAACCACCACAGUGAAAAUAGACCACAAACUACUUGGUUGAAUGUAUAAUUAGGAAACAAAGUUGUACAUAAGUGUAAAAAGAAAAGUUUCUAAUCAUGUUUAUUUUCUAUGCACUUUUUUAUUUAAGUGAUAGUUUAAAUAAUAAACAUGUCUCCUUUACUCUU